ACUUCACUCUCCAUCUCCCCAACAAGAAGCAAUUAAAACCAUCGAAACGACAAUCUGUCCUCACAUCUCAAUCUACUGUUUUUAUCUUUUUCUUUCUCUCUCAAAACUUCUUCCAAUUCCCAACAUGUCUAAGCAGACCUACAGAGUUUGCUUCUGCUUCCGCAGGAGAUUCAAGCUGGCGGUGGCGGAGGCGCCGGAGGAGAUUAAGGCUUUGUUUGAUCAGUACUCUGAGAAUGGAAUCAUGAGUGUUCAUAAUCUUCAUCGGUUUCUUGUAGAGAUCCAGAAACAAGAUAAGGCUACAAUUGAAGAAGCUCAGGCUAUCUUUGACCAUCUUAAUCAGUUUAAACAUUUGAAUAUUUUUCACCGUAAAGGACUCGAUAUUGAAGCUUUCUUUAAGUACCUUUUUGGCGAUAUUAAUCCUCCUCUCGAUGUUAAACGCGGGGUGCACCAUGAUAUGAAUGCUCCUGUGUCACAUUAUUUUAUAUAUACUGGACACAAUUCAUAUCUAACUGGGAAUCAACUUAGUAGCGACUGCAGUGAUGUCCCUAUCAUACAAGCACUUAACAGAGGUGUGAGAGUAAUUGAAUUGGAUAUAUGGCCUAAUUCCAGUAAGGACGGUGUGGAUGUUCUUCAUGGGAGGACACUGACAACUCCUGUGGAACUUAUCAAAUGCUUGAGGUCCAUCAAGCAGCAUGCCUUUACUGCAUCAGAGUAUCCAGUUGUUAUAACUCUAGAGGACCACCUUACUCCAGAUCUUCAGGCUAAAGUGGCUGAGAUGAUCACUCAAACAUUUGGAGACAUCCUGUUUACUCCUGGAUCUGAAUGCUUAAGCGAAUUUCCCUCUCCAGAAUCAUUGAAGAAAAGGAUUAUAAUAUCAACCAAACCACCAAAAGAAUACCUUGAGGCCAAAGAGACAAAGGAGAGGGAGAAUGGUUCACAGAGUGGGAAGGGUGCAUCAGAUGAAGAAGCUUGGGGGAAGGAAGUCUCUGAUCUUAAAGGUCAUGCUAUGACUGAUGAGAAGAAUGAAUUGGAUGAUGAUAAUAUUGAUGAAGAUCUGCCUGAAGGAGACAAUAAGUCACAGCAAAAUGUAGCGCCAGAAUAUAAACAUUUAAUUGCUAUUCAUGCUGGGAAACCUAAAGGUGGAUUAGAAGAGUGUUUGAAAGUGGAUCCUGAUAAAGUGAGACGUCUUAGCUUAAGUGAGCAACAACUUGAAAAGGCUGCUGAAACUCAUGGAAAAGAAAUUGUCAGGUUUACCCAGCGGAACAUACUUCGGGUGUACCCCAAGGGUAUUCGUGUUGACUCCUCUAACUAUAACCCAUUGAUUGGGUGGAUGCAUGGAGCUCAGAUGGUUGCUUUCAAUAUGCAGGGAUAUGGAAGAUCACUUUGGUUGAUGCAUGGAAUGUUCAAAGCCAAUGGUGGGUGCGGUUAUGUGAAGAAACCAGAUUUUCUGUUGAAGCCUAAUUCAAAUGGUGAGGUAUUUGAUCCAAGGGCUAAGUUGCCUGUGAAGACAACCUUGAAGGUGAAAGUAUACAUGGGAGAAGGAUGGUACUAUGAUUUCAAGCGCACUCAUUUUGACGCAUAUUCUCCACCUGAUUUUUAUGCUAGGGUAGGGAUUGCUGGAGUUCCUGCAGAUACUAUAAUGAAGAAGACAAAGACACUAGAGGAUAAUUGGAUACCUGUGUGGAAUGAGGAGUUUGAGUUCCCAUUAACUGUUCCAGAAUUGGCUCUGCUUCGGAUUGAGGUUCAUGAAUAUGACAUGUCCGAAAAGGAUGACUUUGGUGGUCAAACAUGCCUUCCUGUGUCUGAAAUAAGUCGAGGGAUUCGAGCAAUUCCACUCCAUGACCAGAAGGGAGUAAAGUACAAUUCAGUAAAGCUCCUCAUGCGCUUCGAUUUUGUUUGAGACUCUUAGCAAUCCAUGCCAUGUAGCAUCCCAGGAAGAGAUGUAAAAAUUUGUGAAGCCCUUUCAAUGUGUUUGAUGUUAUUGUGAACUGGUGUGUGGUUAUUUGAUUCAAAAUGAUGUGUGACAUAAUAACAUCUGCCUUGCUGUUUUGUGUUGUUUGUA